GGGCCACUUUGGCGAGGGUCAACGCUAGACUUCUGUGCAUAAAGCCUCCACAUUGCAUUACCAGGCUUCCUCGGUCAUUGUGUGAGCGGAGCUACUGGAAAGCAUCGGAGUGGCGCCACUGGCUGCUCUUCUACAUGCUCCCCUGCCUGCAGGGCAUUCUUCCAGUAGACUACUGGAAGCUGCUUGCAAAGCUCUGUGAAGCUGUCCACAUUCUUUUGAGGAACAGCAUCGCUCUUCAUGAGAUCCAACAGGCAGAGCUGCUGCUCGAGACCUUCGUUGGCCGCAGCAAGACACUGUUUGGCGUGACCUCUGCCACAUUUAAUGUGCACCAGUUGCUGCACCUAUGUAACUGUGUCCGUCAGCCGGGCCCACUCUGGGCGCAUUCUGCCUUCGUUUUCGAAGGGGGAAAUGGCAGGAUUGCCAAGCUGGUGUCAGCCGCGCGAGGACUCCCUGACCAGAUUUUGGAGCGGGUCGUGAUGGCUCAACAGGUUGAGUGUCUCCUGGCAACAGCGAAGUUGCCCGACAGGGAACAGGAUGUGUGCACGAGGUUUCUCGGUUUCCCUCCUAUUCAGAAUGCGAGUCAUGUGGAGGAAACAUGUCUGCUUGGAUGUGGAAGCGCUGUAAGCUUAAGUGCAUUGGAAAAGCGUGCUCUUGAGCAGCACUGUGAUUUAUCUUGCACCACUAGAACAGAGUAUGAACGCUUUGUCUUUGACCGCAAGGUAUUUCACAGUGCUGCCUACACUAGGCCAGAAAAAAGCAACACCACGGUCGUCUCCACACAAGAUGGGGAGUACUACAAGAUUGAAAAAAUCAUCCUGGUGUCACUUCCCGCCCAGACAUGUGUCCUCCUUUGCCGUCCAAUUGUCCUGAUGGAGGAAUCAUGCAUGCCACCGCACAUCAAGGAAUGUUUUCUUUCAGAAAGCAAGGCCCUAAGCGUCCUACGGCCCAGUAGUAUCAAGGACAGCUGCCUGUAUAUAGACUUUGUCAGUGAAAACAAGUCAUUUGUGUGUGAUCUGCUAAACAGCAUUGAGAGGGAUUAGUUCGACUUGCUUUUGUGUAUAUAUGUUAUUUUAUGUAAAUAUCACAUUUGGUUGACCCACUGUACAUAGGGGAAUUCGAUACUGUAAAGCUUGUUGCAAAAUGUUUUGCACGUGUUUGUUUUCUGUAGGAACAAUAUACUCGAAUGCAAAGACAAAAUUUAUUCUCAAGUACAAAGCACCACUAAAGUCGUACCUACCAAAGGAGUCCUCUC